AGUAGGAGGUGUUUUAAUUCAACAUAAUAAAGAAAAUAUUUUACAUGCAAAUAUGUCAUCAAAUGAUGUAUUUUUUUAUUAUACUACUACUGGCUGGAUGAUGUGGAAUUGGUUGGUUUCAGGAUUGAAAACUGGUUGUGCUAUUGUUUUAUACGAUGGUUCACCUUUCAAACCAAGUCCAUCUAUUCUUUGGGAGUUAGGUGAUCAAUUAGG